AUGGAGGAAUAUGCACCAUUUAUCACCCAAGAAUUGGUCGAUAGAGGCCAUGCCAGAAGAAUGGGUCAAUUAGAGAACUAUUUUGCCUUAUUACAAAGACAAAACCUUUAUAAGAAUUUCAAUGUAUAUGGUGAAAUUAAUGAACCAAUCGAUAAGUUCCAAUUGGGUACUGCUUUUAGACAAAUGCUGUUGAAAUACCCUAUCUUAAUGCAUGUCAUCGUGCCAAGAAAAUAUCCUCAUCAUGAAGAAUAUUAUGCCAGUGAUGAGUAUUUAAACAAUCCUCAGCCAAUUAAUGACUAUAUUAAAGUGAUGGAAAACAUAGAUUUAGAAGACAUUUUACUGAACUCUCAACCAGAAUAUGAAGCGAUUGUAGGUAAAUUGUUGGAUCAGUACAAAAGUGAUGGUUAUAAAUAUACCAAUAGAAUGAUUGAAAUUAUAGGUGACAUCUCAAUCCCUAUCUGUGAUCAAACCAAACCAAAUUGGAGAUUACUGUGUCUACCAACCAAAGAAUCUGAUAAGAAAUGGCAUGCUUUUGUCUAUAUCAGUAACCAUUGUGCUGCUGAUGGUAUGACUUCAAUGAACUUCUUCCAUGAUAUUGUAAAUGGAUUGAAUGAUAAAUCAUCAGAAACAGUUACUGAAGUAAAUGGAAGGAUGAAUUUAGUUAAUUAUGCUAAAGACCAUAAAAAUAUCAGUAAGUUUCCUAAACCAAUUACCGAAAGAGUAGAAUACAGACCGUCUUUGUCUCAGCUUCCAAAAUUCAUGAUUGGAAACAUCGCUAGGACCAAAUUGAAUUAUAAGUCCCCGUGUGCUUUGACUACAACUGUCGAUAAGGUAGAUAUGCAAACCUUUGAUUAUAUUUUAAACUUCACUAACGAAGAAGUUGGUAAAAUCAGAAAACAUAUCAAAGCUAACACACACAAUGGCGUUACUCUUACGCCAUUUUUACAAACAUGUCUGUUCGUUACAUUAUACCAAUUUGGUACUAUUUUUCAAAAGACAUUACUUGAAUGGGGUUUAGAUUCUGUCUUGCCAGUUAACGCAAGAAAAUAUCUACCAGAAGAUGCUGAAUUAAGAGAUUCUUACAAAUACGGGUCUAAUGUUGGUGGUAUCCAUUAUUUUAAUUUAAUUUCCUCUUUUAACAUUAAGAAUGAUGAAGCUGAGACAUUCUGGUCAUUGGUAGAUUAUUAUCAUGCCAACUAUCAAAAAGCUUAUCAUAAUGGUGAUACCUUUGUUGGAUUUGGUUUAUUAAUGAGUGACUUCAUAGUUAAGAACAAAAAUGUUGAUAAAUUAAUUAAAGAGGAUUAUGUCAACCAAAAGCGCGGUGGUGUUAUUUUGAGUAACCUUGGUUUCUUCCCACAAGACACUAGAAAUGAAUACUAUUUAAAUGAUUUAAUAUUCGCACAAACUUUCGGGUCUAUGAAGUUUACAUUUGGAUUAAGCUUAUGUUCAACUAAUGUUAACGGUUUGAAUAUCGGAAUUAGUGUCGUUAGAGAUGCAUUUAAUGACAGAGAAACCUUUGAAAAGUUCUGCAAACACUACAAAGAAACUAUUAUCAAUUUUGCUAAUUUAUGA